ACUUUCAAUCGCUGAGGGAUAUCGGAGGGAUCAACAGUUGCAUAGACUUGUUUCUUGCAAACGAUAGUUUUAACAGUCACCAUCAUCUUGUAUUCGAUAUUCCGCCGAUAUCACCCGCUCAUGUUUACAUUCCCGUUCAUGACCUUUUUAAACAGAAUGCAUCUAACCUAAACGCAACUCGUUUUUUUUACAGUCCAAUAUCUUCAUCGUCCAUAUUUUCUUUAUAAAAAAAACCACACACACACAAGCUGUGAAAGAAAAUAAAAAAAUAAGUCGAAGCGGAAUCCGCCGUAUUUCCCAAAUGGAGCGCGCUAUGCCCGAAAUGGUCAACGAAAAAAGUUCGUAAUUUGGCAUUUCAACUCCUUUUGCCGUUCCAACACUGGCGUUGACUUUUUGGACGUUUGAAUUUGGAAAGAAACAUUUUCAACACUCUUGGCGUUUAAAGGGAGCAGCUUUUGAACCAUCGUCCCUUUAGCGUACUGCAAACCCUCAUCCCGCCCUAAAUUCCUCAUUGGCCAGUUCCUUCUACGAACUCACCUCUGGAACACUUGCAUCAUGGUCGUUCAGUGGGCUCCUCUCAACCUCCCAAUGCCGAGGCGGCGUCAGACGGCGUCUGUUCUCAUGUGGAUAUUGUCUAUCCCCACCCUCAUAGUCAUCUUCUUUUACCUUUUGUUCACUCCACAAUAUACCCCAUGGGUUCUCGCCUACCUUGUCUUCUUGGCGUUGGACCCAACUCCCGAGACUGGCAGCAGGCGCAUUAUGCUGUUUCGAAAACUCCCAUUCUGGAGGUGGAUUAAAGACUACUUUCCCAUAGGCUUGGUCAAGACGGUUGACUUGGACCCGAGCAAGAAUUACUUGUUUGGCUAUCACCCACACGGGAUUAUCGGUAUUGGCGCAUGGACGAACUUUGCUACUGAGGCUUCGGAUUUCGCUGGGAAAUUCCCUGGCAUCAACCUUCGUCUGAUGACACUUCAAACAAACUUCCACCUGCCCUUGUGGCGUGAAGUCUUACUGUGCCUCGGUAUCUCUUCCGUAAGUCGACGCUCCUGCGAUAACAUUCUCAACAAGGGACCAGGUCAUUCUUGCAUGAUUGUCGUUGGAGGCGCCACGGAAUCGCUAGCAGCGUUCCCCUACACGGCGGAUUUGACGAUCAAGAAGCGUCUCGGAUUCAUCAAGGUUGCUCUUCGUAACGGUGCAAACCUUGUACCUGUGUUUUCUUUCGGAGAGAAUGAUAUCUGGGAUCAAGUUCCUAACCCGCCCGGCUCCAUGGUUAGAACCAUCCAGGUUUUGUUCCAGCGGUACAUGACCUUUGCUCCGCCGCUUUUCUUUGGCCGUGGUAUCUUCCAGUAUAAUGUUGGCAUCAUGCCGUACCGUCGCCCGGUCAUAUCAGUUGUUGGAAAACCCAUAGAAUGCCCCAAAAUCGAAAAUCCCAGCACUGAAGUCAUCCUUGAAUACCAAAAGAAGUAUCUUGAUGGACUGCAAGCAAUAUGGGAUGAGCAUAAAGACAAGUACGCGCCCAAGCGCAAGCGGGAGCUGCGUUUUAUCGAAUAGGCCCAUGCAAUGGGUUUUAUAUAGUGAUGACUAGGACCCUGGACCUCAUAGACAUUCUGUAGGUCCUCAUUGACUGUGAGGGUUUGAACGGUGGUCUUUCUGUUGUUAGGAAGACCAGGGCGUUCAGUUUGUUACAUAUUUAAUAUUAUCAGAGUACAAGAUGCAGGCAAUUCCGGUGUGUCUAUAAUAUAUUAUUUGAUGACCAAACUCUAGCUACCUAUUUGGCACUGUAAGUAUAGAAACCACGACCUGUCUUUUUGCCUAAGCAUUCG